CCCGCCAAUCGGCGGUUCUGGGGCCUACUGCGGGCUGCGCCGAGCCGGGCCGUCCCGUCCCCCGGCGGUGGGCAUGGCGGUGGUGGCAGCGGGGCGCGUGCUGCGGCUGGGCGGCCGGUGGAGCGCGGCGGCGUCGGGUGGGCCUAGCGCUCAGAGGUGGGAUUGGUACCUGAGCCCAUAGCUAUAAACAUAUCUUCCUGCUUCCAACUAACUGACCUAAAAGACAUUGAGGCUAAUCUAUACUACCACAGCUGCAUGGAGGAAAAAUGUAGCAGCCUCCGGACCUGAAAAAUACACGGAGGCAUUUAUUAAGAAACAAAUUGAAGAGUUCGACCUAGGAAAGAGACAUUUAGCCAACAUGAUGGGAGAAGAUCCAGAAACUUUUACCCAAGAGGAUAUUGAUAGAGCUAUUGCCUAUCUCUUUCCUUCGGGCUUAUUCGACAAGCGAGCCAGGCCAAUGAUGAAGCAUCCCAGUGAAAUUUUUCCAGAACAGAGGAAAAUCCAGUGGGGAGAAGAUGGCCGUCCAUUUCACUUUCUCUUUUACACUGGCAAGCAGUCGUAUUACUCAUUAAUGCAUGAAACAUACGAAAAACUACUAAACGUUCAGAAACAUCAAGACCAGCUGGUUGCUCAGGGCUUUUCUCUGCAGAAGGAGAAAAAAAACCUGGUUGGCAGCAGAUGGCUGACUAAGACGGAAUUGGAAGGAAUGUUGUUAGAAAAACUGUCAGAUGAUGAUUACUCAAGGUUUAUUCGACUCUUAGAAAAAUUGAUGACGUUGCCAUGCAGUGACAUCGAGGAGAAUUAUAUCAAAAAGUUUUCCAAAGAAAUUGCUGUGCAGUUGCAAAAAGUAUCUACUGAGCCCUUGAAGUAUGAUGAGCAAGGAGUGGCCUUCAGCACUGGUGAAGGUGUACGAAAAACAUCAAGAGCUACUGCAGUAGUUUAUGACAAUGGGACUGGAAAAAUUACAGUGAAUGGAAUAGAUAUUUUACGUUACUUCCCAGUCCUGCAGGACAGAGAGCAGUUGUUGUUCCCUUUCCAGUUUCUAGACAGAGUUGGAAAGCAUGAUGCAAUUUGCACAGUCUCUGGUGGAGGAAGAUCCUCACAGGCUGGAGCGAUACGUUUGGCCACUGCAAAAGCAUUGCGAAGUUUUGUGACUGAAACAGAGGUGGAAUUUAUGAGACAAGCUGGGCUGCUGACAGUUGACCCACGUGUGAGGGAACGGAAGAAGCCUGGUCAAGAGGGAGCACGACGGAAGUUCACCUGGAAAAAGCGCUAAGUCUGAGCAUUUCAAGAAAGGCUGAAUGCUCCAAGAAUUUCAAAGCAUAGCAAAGGAUUUAAAACUGUUGGAUAAAUAUAUUUAAUAAUAAAGACUUUUUACAAUUAUAAA